AUGAAAAGUUUAGAAUCUACUCUAUGAUAGUGGGGGCAUACAAAUGGCCUUCUGAAUUUUUUUUAGCUUACUGUAAGUCUCGUUUUCGGAUAUCUUCAGCCUUUGUCCGAAGAGCUUGAACUUCAGCAUCCUACAUUGAAAUAAAUUUACGGCCCAAUUAAUAAAACCCCGUAUGAGCUUAAUACCGAUAAAAUGUGCUGUCGCUUACAAUGUGUUCAUCUUCCAUGAUUGCAUUUGUUGUAGAAUCCAUAGGAUUGGGCGCUGGUAUAUCCAUCAAUUCUGGACCGUUUUCCAUUUUUGUUAAUUGUCAAAUCCAGGAUCAAGUGCUUGUCAUCAAUUGCUGGACCAGCCAGAUGCUGAAAAUACAAUGUAUACUAGUGAACGAUGUCGUUGAGCUUUUCGGUGUUGGCUCAGAGUUAUGAAUCUCCC